GUAAAUCACAAGAUGUUCCUAAAAUAGAACAUGAUCCAUCUAGGAUAGUUCUGCGCAAACUUCCUGCUGACAUGGACUAUAAUCGCUUUGUUGAGAAAAUAGCCACUUUGCAUGGAGUUAAAUCCUACUAUUUUGUCCAAGGUAGAGUUUCGAGCGGCCCCAAUGAGCCUCCCGUUCACUCACGUGCAUAUCUUCAAAUGGCAAGCACAGAGCACGCCAAGUCUGCAGUCCGCCAACUUCGAAACUCCAGUCGGUCAGUCGAUUUUCUUUCGCUUGCGAGCUCAGAAAUACAGAAGGCUCUAAACGAAUCUGUUCCUGAACCCUUUAUUGCAGGACAUCGAAAAAGUAGAACCCAACUGGAAGAAUCACCAUUAUUUCUGAAUUAUAUGAAGAUGAAUGCAGGUGAGAUCACUGAAGAGGAGUUUCAGAGGCCCUAUUUGGCAAAGCCUAAAAGGAAAAAAGCCUCCAAACAGGCUCGCAGCCGAUCUGCUGAACGAGGAGGUGAAGCGACGGAAAAAAAGAACGGCGCGUCGAAAAAAAAGGAUAAAAAGGAGCAGAACUUAAAGAAGGAGAAAGAGAAAACUACAAGCGCACAGCAGAAGCCAAAGAAAGCUAAGCCCAAAAAAUCAAAAGCUACUCAAAAAAUUGGUGGACAAAACAAAAGCGCCCAGGCCCAACCGUCAACCAAGGUCCAGAUCACAUAAACGGCUAAUUGUCCAAAUCUCUUGAUUCCUUAAAUGUCCAGGCAAGACAGCCAGUACAAGACCAUUGAGGCCACAAUCAAAUGGCUGCAAGAGUACAAAUCGUUGGCGGUUUUGUCGAGACCGCGAAUCACCGAGUUUCUAGAUCCGAAAUUUGUCAACGAAGCGGUUGAGUGCAUCAUUGGUGAGCGGCCCAUCGAAACAAGCGCAAUCGACGACAACACCCAAUAUUUCAAGAUAUUAGCUGAGUUUCUAGCAGACAUGUUCGUUGGCACUGAGGUGGUAGAAAUGCACAUCCAAGCUAUGGAUUCUUCGUUAUUGGACAGGUACGUGAAGGGUAAGACAAAUUGGGAGUUUGUGGACGACUUGGCUUUGACCGAAGCCAUAUACCACUACUGUUGCUUACUAUUGGUUAGUAGUGUUCGAGGAAAACGAAUGGCGUGGGCGAUGACCAAUAUUAACUAUUUGCCGUUGGAGUACAAAAAGGUGCUGGAGAAGUUCAGUCUAAUUGCGGACAAGCAGUCUGUAUUCGAAGGAUUCGAGCAAAAUUCGGACAAUGCACAACUGGAAGAAGCCUUACGAGAGAAGGAAGAACAGGCCCAAUUUCUGCAAUCACAGCUGAAUGAACUGCACGAAACCAGCCAACUUAAAGAGCAGCAGUUGCUUGUCGAGCUGGAGAGUAAAGAGGAAAAACUGAAAGCUUACGAUCAAUUGAUGGUUAAAUUAAAGAUACAAAAUGAACAGUUUCAUCACAGCUUCAUGGAUCCGUCGGUUGAUUCUUCACUUAACAAACACACGAAACUGGAGAUGAUUUCAUUCGAAAAUAAAGUUUUGGAGCAUUUUAUUUCCAUAUUGGCAAAAGCCUCGGAUUAGAAUAAUGCAUCCAAUGUACAGCACACGCACAUUGCAGCCAAGCAUGCCAUCAGACAGUCGCCCCCACCACUACUAUAGGUUUGCUGCUGAGCAUACAUCGGCUGUUGUUGAUAAUAUGGUUGCUGCUGGUAGUAUGGCUGCUGUUGGUAGUAUGGUUGCUGCUGGCCAUACAUCGGUUGCUGCUGUUGCUGCUGAUAAUACGUGUGUUGCUGCUGAUAGUACGGCUGACCUCCGGAAAACAUGCCUCUUUCCUGCGUGGUCUGCUCAACGUAACCUUGAGGCUGUGCGUUAUAUGUAGUAGUCCCCGAAUUGUAAUACUCUGCUGCAGCGCCUUUGCUUGCGGGCGGAGGAUCGGAUGGUGGUUUAUAUUCUGGCAUGUUCAACUAAGAUAAAUC